AUGCCCAACGUCAAAGAGCUCGUCAGCUCCACGCUGGAAAUCACCCCCAGCAUCUCCGUCGACAUCGUUCAGUAUCAACCUACAGAGCGCACAAUUGAGGACCGGUUCUCAACAACUUUCGACCAAGCUUCUAACCGCCUAAUUUUGGGCGUAUAUGAUGGGCAUGGUGGUACAGCGACUGCUCAUCACGUCAGUACGACUCUACCCGUCAAGCUUAUCCAACAUCCACCAUCAAGGCAUAGCACCCUAUUCGAAGAGUUGGACAACUCCCUGUUGAACGCCUUUAUAAAUGAUCAUUCUCUCUUCCGAUCCAGAUCCGAAAAUUGGGUUGCUCACGCUGAAGUUGUAAAAUCGGGGUGCACAGCCUUGAUUUUCGACAUUGACUUGAACUCUAUGCUGGGAUCUUUCGCGAACGCAGGUGAUUGUCGGCUGGUCGUCUAUAACCCUUCGAAAAACAACGUUCGGCAAACCGUCGAUCUCAAUGCGAAAGCAGUGUCUGAAGUGGAGAGAUUGCAACACCAACACCCUGGUGAAGAUAUGCUCAUCGUGUCAGGACGGUUAUUUGGCAAGGUGAUGAGCACACGAGGUUUUGGAGAUGGCUAUUACAAGCUCCCUCGUGGCGGGUUCAUGGGGAAUAGAAAACACAGAAAUUACAUUGACAUCCUGUCUUCCAUCGAACGGAAAAACAAAGUCCGCAUGAACGCUCAAUACAACUCAUACUUCUAUGGGUAUCACACGCCCCCUUACAUUACCGCCGCGCCCGAAGUGGGCACGCUGCCGUUAGAAACGGGAGAUGUUGUGAUCAUGGCUUCAGACGGGUUGUGGGACCUCAUCUCGAGCGACGACGCCGCGAACAUUGUUCUCGCCGGAGUAGCAUCUGGGGAAACGUGUUUGGCGACGUACCUUCUAGAGAGCGUCAUCGGGACACAAUCACCGGGAGAUGACGUGACCAUUCUCGUGUUGCAGAUGUAA